GCACUCGCGUCAAAUGCCUAUUUAAACUCUUUUAGUACAUGAACCUUCCCUUCUUAUCAGGAAAGUGCUUCGAUCAAAAUGUUCGUGAAAAUAUUGUGUUUAGUAGCAGCAUUCCAUGGCGCCUUUUCCGCUGAUAGCAGAAACAUAGUGCAGUACUUGUCUGCCAACCCCGAAUAUUCAACGCUGGUGGGUCUGGUCAAAGAUGCGGGUCUGGUUGCAUCUCUCUCUGCCCCAGGUUCGAUGACCUUGUUGGCCCCGAACAAUGACGCUUUCAAGGCACUGCCUGCAAGUACCCUCAGCGCUCUCCAGAAUGAUAAAAACAAACUGAAGACUGUGCUCCUCUAUCACGUGAUCAACCAAGCUCUUAUCAGCUUUCUUAUAACCGACGGAGAGGUGGUGAACACGCUGGCCAAUCAGAAUGUGACCUUCACAAAAACCGUGAGGGACCUCUCUCUCAAGGUGAACAAUGCGGAUAUUUCCAGCACCGACGUGAUUGUAAGCAAUGGUGUCAUCCACACCCUUGACUCCGUUCUCAUGCCCCAAACCGAGAACAUCCUGCAAUACAUUGCCAAGAAUGAUGGUCUCUUCUCAGAUCUCUUUGCAGCCAUCAUUGUGACAAACCUAGAGACUGCUCUUGAGGGUGGGCAGUUCACUGUUUUCGCACCUACUGAUGAUGCGUUUAAGAAGAUCAGUUCUGCUCUACCUGGGGAUGUUGCCUCUCUGGAACAAGUCCUGAAGUACCACGUUGUGCCUGGACUCCACCCGGCUGGCAGCCUGAAGGAUGGAGAUAUGUUGAACACACUGGCCGGCAAAACUCUGAAGGUUGACCUUAAAAACGGAGUGGAGAUUGGUACAGCUAAAGUCAUCACUGCCGACAUCAUGGUCAUCAACGGCAUCAUCCACGUCAUCGACACCGUCCAAGUGCCGUAAAGUACCCCGUGCAGAAGCAAUAAAGACAAUAAAACCAUAUUCCCUAUUA